GUUUCCAACUUUUCAUUCAUUUCGGAUUCCAUUCUAAGUUCUCACAAGUCACAACAAAGUUAUAAAACGUAAAAAAAGGUGAUUUUAAGUAAACAGAUAAACAAACAAAACUAUUAUUCAAAUAUAAGUCAGCGAGUAGUUAACAAGAUAAAAUUCCUAAGAUAAACGAAUAGUUCUACCUUUUAAAGACCCUGCUUAAAUACAAAUCUACAUUGCAAUUCAUUGCUGGCAGCUUGUACAGGAACUAUCCGCGCAGCAUGUCAAAUCCAGCCUUAACGUCCGAGGCACAGCUUCGGUACAUACUGCAGUGGUUUGGGGAGUUCAGUGAGCUGCAGAGGGAAGACUUCCUCCCAAUACUGGCUGCAGCACACUCCGGCAAACCUGAGCAGCUGGCUGCGACCCUAGCGUCUAUGUCUUGUGAUGAUAAGCCUGUCAGCUUAUUCCAAUGCAGGAUCAAACUAUUCAACGAAUGGUUCCCCACUUGGGCCGAAGAAGAUAGAGACCGACUCGUCGCGGCCGUGUCUGAAAUCGACGCGGACUUCGGCACCAAGUUACAGGAUGUUCUCACUAACGGCGUAGUUGUCAACGGCGAUGCUGAUGUCCACCAGCUACGUGAAGACGAACCUGCAUUGGAAGUACCCCUGAUCGAGGACAAUGAGGUGAUAGAGGAAAAUAGGGCAGUUUCCCAGGAGAAUAUAAAUGUAGAAAUCGCUGCUGCCUCUUAAAGCGCACAAAAUGUGAAAUGUUGAGAACCCCUGUACCCUAGGUAUAAGAUCUGCACACAAUAUUCAACGUAAAAUGGUCUGGAGUUUUUUACCGAAUUUUGUAAAAAAUUCGGUACUGUUUAUGAUAUUACAAAUGUACUGAAAACAGCGCUCAAGUACAGUAAAUAUAUUAAAGCAGUAUGGAAACUACGAGUAAAAGAGCGAAACAGCUCACUCUUACAGAUGCACACCUUUACGAGGCCCCAAAGCUAUUCUCGUAGUAUUUUAGUCGGAGUUAUCAUCUCAAGACGAGCGGUCGCUGCUUAAUAGUAGUUUCGCGUAGAGUGUAGGUAAUUAUUUUAUCAAUCGGGUCUAGUCUCCAUACUGUUUAGCUUAUAUAUAUACUGUGACUGAAUUGUGGACAAAUUUGAACUUUAAAACUAGAGGCAUAGGUUCCAAUUUGUAAUGAUACUCAAAACUGUACUACGUUUAUAAAUUGUACCCUAAAUUUUUUUAUAGUAUUUGAUAACACAACUAAAUGUAGAGUUAUCAAAAAUUCGGAACUCAUGAAGGCCUAUCACAGGCACUUAUGUAGCGUUUAUACAUUUAAGUUUUCGUUUCUGUGCGGUGAUAGUGAUAAUUGCAUUAGUUAACUUAUUUCAAACGUGCGAACGCGAAACGGGUUCCAAACGCGCCCUGGUGUUAGGAGAGCCCACAACAACUUAACCAGGUUUUUGUGACUAUCACCAUCUCAAAAUUAAUUAAUAUACGUAUCAAAAGCAUUUUAAUAUAAAUCACCGGAAUUCCAAUUACAUUCUGACGUCAGUUAUAUUAUGUCAGAGUAAAAUGAACCUAAAGCUCUUGAUUACCCACACUCGCAAACUCCAAUAUUGUUUGAAUGCGCGAUCUUUUACUACGGGUACAAUGUAAGUCGUUGGCUUAACAAAACUCGUUCAUUACAGUAUAGAUCUCACUUCUGAUAUAAGAUUCCAUUUUCAAAUUGAGGAUCGUAAGUUUCUAAUAUUUACGAGGCAGGUUAGUUUUCAUUUGAAACUGAAAGUAAACCCUAACUCUAGUGAGCAAGUUUUUGUUAUGCUCAAGGCACUAAGGGCCGGUACACAUUCGGCGUCGAUAAAAACGCUAAAUAGGUUCUUUCAAAGGAAAAAGUUGGGCCCAUCUUUGGUUAACGUCCUUUAUAAUUUUAUACGUGUAAUAUAUUCACCGAAGAUACUUUUUUUGUAAUACAAUCACAGGUAAAGCCGUUUACUGAAACUAAAAUGUUAUAAUAUGUUACGAUAACGACCGAUUCCCCGUGUCUGAAAAAAAGUAAAAAAAAAUUCUGAAAAAUACAAACAUGCAAACUCUUCAGUAAUAUUUUAUUAGCAAAUAUAUCACUAUAGGUAAUAAUAAAAUAUUUACUGCAUGUGGAUGGUUGCUGUAUCCUGUGUCCAUAGACAACGUGUCUGCGAUUUAUAUCAAUGGAUAUAACACAAUACGCCAUAGCUAAAUGCCCAGUGUGUACCGGCCCCAAUAUUUUAUUAGUAUUAUUCUAUUUAUUUUAUAUUUUAUAGUUAAAAUAUUUUUCAUACAACUUUCGGGGCUUAUUUGCCUAUAUUUUUAACAUUAGAACUAACUACUAGGUUUUUUUUUAAUAUAGAAGUUUUUAUAUUGGUACAUAUUGUACCUGAAAUAGAUCUUAUUGAAUUUUAAUCAAUGUUAAGUAUAUAUGUGCAUAAGAAAAACUAAGUGUGCAACUGAAUUAUGGAAACCGAGAAUAAUGCGUGCUCGCCCUUAACAUUGUAACGUAAACAGUUACUCAGGAUUCCGUCAGGGAAGUUAUUUAAUUUGGGGCCACUACGUAUUCCAUUUAAGUACGGGUCUACAGAAUGAAAUGAUUACGGCCGUACACUACGCUGGCUAAGUACGGAUUGGUAGUGUUCACGCGCCUUUGAGAAUAACAGAACUCUAAGGCAUUCCGUUAAAGCAAGCGAUAUUCAAUAGCUUAAAGCGCGCAUAACUAUGAAAUGUUACAGGUGCGUGCUGAGGAUAAAACUCGGUCCCCCAGACAGGGAAUCCGAACCCAGUGGCUAUCACCGAUUUAAAUCAUAAAUUGUUAUAAAAAAAAAGGUCCAGUAAUAAAUAAAGUGUAGAUGCGUUAGUUAUAUGAUGCAAGCCCUGACUUAACUUUUUGCUAAACAGACACUAGGUAUAUUUUGGCGUUAUGGCGCAAGUGUCGCUUCUGUUUUUGUAUCAGUUACGUUAGUGAGUUAUUAUUAUUUUAUAAGAUCAGAAUACAAUAGUUGUCGAUAGGAUAGGCUUUGUAAGAGUUAUAAAAAGCCUACCAUCAAGUAUUUAUAACUCGUACUGGUGAUUUUCUUCAUCUUAUAUCAUCUGCAUACCCUGUGCAUACCCUCUAUGCACGCCACUGACGCUAGGUAUAUUUUGUUGUUAUGGCGCAAGUGUCGUGUCUGUUUUCGUUUUAGUUACAUUACUUAGUUAUUCUUAUGUUGUAAAAUUCUCCAGCGUAGUAUCUGCCCCGUUGGGCUAGUGGUUAGCAUGUUUAAUUACAGCUCACGAGAUCCUCGGUUAGGAUCCCGCGUUGGGCCAAAAAUUGGUAACGUGUUGGGCAUUUCCGUGGAAGGCUUCUCUGUACUAAUACGAAAAUUAUAAAAUGGAAUUACGUAUUAAUAUGGCGAGCGAACAUGUAUGGCUGAGAUAGCAUUACAAUUUUAUUUCUUACUAGCUUUUGCCCGCGGCUUCGCUCACGUUAAGUUUUUAUUGAUUUGGUAAAUUUUUAACUA